AGCGCUUCCGCCCCCUGUGGGCAGCGGGGAUGCUGAGUCAGAGCGGGGGCGGGGCGGGCGACCCGAUGAGCCCUGCACGACCCGAGGCCGAGCCCUCCCCGGACCUCGACUAGGUGGACGCCCCCCCGCCCCCGGGUGUCUGGGGCGUCCGAAAGCCGGUGGAAUGGUCGCGCGGGCCCGGUCCCUGCCAUCUCUACUCCUCGCCCCCUGGCCGGCCCUCUGACCGGGGCCCUCCCGGGUCAGCGUAUAGCGACGUUGGGCAGGAAGAAAGAGGCCGUUCCCGCUACCGGGUCUGGGCCCUGGCCGCGCUGCAGAGACGGAUUCCUCUUUUCCUUGGAGUUGGACCGCUUCUACCCCUCUUUAUGAGCGUUGACACGAUCGUCACUGUUUGAAUGGAUUGAUUUUUCAGAUGAUUCAAAAGAGACGUUUCGUUUGGGUUUUAGUGAUGAUGACGGCGGGGAUUGACUAACCGGAAGCUGGAAGCAGACGUUUAUUAAUAUAUACACCUAUAAUUUUAAUAAGAAGAUCUCCUGACCAAGCCGAGAUGCAGAGCACCUCUAAUCAUCUGUGGCUUUUGUCUGAUAUUUUAGGCCAAGGAGCUACUGCAAAUGUCUUUCGUGGAAGGCAUAAGAAAACUGGUGACUUAUUUGCUAUCAAAGUAUUUAAUAACAUAAGCUUCCUUCGUCCAGUGGAUGUUCAAAUGAGAGAAUUUGAAGUGUUAAAAAAACUCAAUCACAAAAAUAUUGUCAAAUUAUUUGCUAUUGAAGAGGAGACAACAACAAGACAUAAAGUACUUAUUAUGGAAUUUUGUCCAUGCGGAAGUUUAUACACUGUUUUAGAAGAGCCAUCUAAUGCCUAUGGACUACCAGAGUCUGAAUUUUUAAUUGUUUUGCGAGACGUGGUGGGUGGAAUGAACCAUCUACGAGAGAAUGGCAUAGUGCACCGUGAUAUCAAGCCAGGAAACAUCAUGCGUGUUAUAGGGGAAGAUGGACAGUCUGUGUACAAACUCACAGAUUUUGGUGCAGCUAGAGAAUUAGAAGAUGAUGAACAGUUUGUUUCUUUGUAUGGCACAGAAGAAUAUUUGCAUCCUGAUAUGUAUGAGAGAGCAGUGCUAAGAAAAGAUCAUCAGAAGAAAUACGGAGCAACAGUUGAUCUUUGGAGCAUUGGGGUAACGUUUUACCAUGCAGCUACUGGAUCACUGCCGUUCAGACCAUUUGAAGGGCCACGUAGGAAUAAGGAAGUGAUGUAUAAAAUAAUUACUGGAAAGCCUUCUGGUGCAAUAUCUGGAGUACAGAAAGCAGAAAAUGGACCCAUCGACUGGAGUGGAGACAUGCCUAUUUCUUGCAGUCUUUCUCGGGGUCUUCAAGUUCUACUUACCCCUGUUCUUGCAAACAUCCUUGAGGCAGAUCAGGAAAAGUGUUGGGGUUUUGACCAGUUUUUUGCAGAAACUAGUGAUAUACUUCAUCGGAUGAUAAUUCAUGUUUUUUCACUGCAACAAAUGACAGCCCAUAAGAUUUAUAUUCAUAGCUACAAUACUGCUACUGUAUUUCAUGAACUGGUAUAUAAACAAACCAAAAUUAUUUCUUCAAAUCAAGAACUUAUAUAUGAAGGACGACGUUUAGUUAUAGAACCUGGAAGACUGGCACAGCAUUUUCCUAAAACUACUGAGGAAAAUCCCAUCUUUGUAGUGAGUCGGGAACCUCUGAGUACCAUAGGAUUAAUAUAUGAGAAAAUUUCCCUUCCUAAAGUACAUCCACGUUACGAUUUAGAUGGGGAUGCUAGCAUGGCUAAGGCAAUAACAGGAGUUGUAUGUUAUGCUUGUAAAAUUGCCAAUACCUUGCUGCUUUAUCAGGAAUUAAUGCGAAAGGGGAUACGAUGGUUGAUAGAAUUAGUUAAAGAUGAUUAUAAUGAAACUGUUCACAAAAAGACAGAAGUUGUGAUCACACUGGAUUUCUGCAUCAGAAACAUUGAAAAAACUGUGAAAGUAUACGAAAAGUUGAUGAAGAUCAACCUAGAAGCAGCAGAGUUAGGUGAAAUUUCAGACAUACACACCAAAUUGUUGAGACUUUCCAGUUCUCAGGGAACGAUAGAAACCAGUCUUCAGGAUAUCGAAAGCAGAUUAUCUCCAGGUGGAUUGUUGGCAGACAUGUGGGCCCAUCAAGAAGGCACUCAUCCAAAAGAUAGACAUGUAGAAAAACUACAAGUCCUGCUAAAUUGCAUCACAGAGAUUUACUAUCAGUUCAAAAAAGACAAAGCAGAACGUAGACUAGCUUAUAAUGAAGAACAGAUCCACAAAUUUGAUAAGCAAAAACUGUAUUACCAUGCAACAAAAGCUAUGACCCAUUUUACAGACGAAUGUGUUAAAAAAUAUGAGGCAUUUUUGGAUAAGUCAGAAGAAUGGAUGAGAAAGAUGCUUCAUCUUAGGAAACAGUUAUUAUCACUAACUAAUCAGUGUUUUGAUAUUGAAGAAGAAGUGUCGAAGUAUCAAGAUUAUACAAAUGAGUUACAAGAAACUUUGCCUCAAAAAAUGUUUGCAGCCUCCAGUGGAAUCAAACAUACCAUGACCCCAAUUUAUCCAUGUUCUAAUACAUUAGUGGAAAUGACUCUUGGUAUGAAGAAAUUAAAGGAAGAGAUGGAAGGAGUGGUUAAAGAACUUGCUGAAAAUAAUCAUAUUUUAGAAAGGUUUGGCUCUUUAACCAUGGAUGGCGGCCUUCGCAAUGUUGACUGUCUUUAGCUUUCUGGGAAGUUCGAGAACAGUUUUAGUUUGCACAAGAAAAUAAUGCUGAGACAUUCAUUAAAUGAGUGCCUCUAUAAGUGGUCUCUUAUUUCUACAAUUCAGUAUUUGAUGCGGUCAUGUAAAUAUGUACAAUAUUGUAAAUACACAAGAAAAUAUAUAAAUUUUUGGCUGCUGUUAAGAUGUAAUUUUACCUUUUAACAUUUAUAAUUAUAUGAGGACAUUUGACCUCAGUGAGCACUAGAAGAAAGCCAUGACCAAUAUGUUGAAAUACUGGAGUAAGGCUAACUGGGUUGUUUCUCCGCCUGCCUACUGGAAACAUUUUUUAAAUGGAACCAAAAUUGUCAUCCUUACAAAUCAGAAAAGACUGAUAGUUGACAGGUUUGUAAGUGAUAGGAUGGAGAAGUGGCUUCUCUGGGUGAAGAGCAGAACCAAACCACUGUUUUACCAGGAUCACAAUUUUGGGGGAAGGAUAAAGUGACAUUAUUUCAUUUUACAAGGUGCCCAGAUCCCAGUUAUCCUCAUGUCUCUUUAAUUUCAGAUAAAUUACUGAGCAAAAUUUUUAAAGUGAUUUAAUUAUUAAAAACUAUUCAUUUUAUUUUGGC